AUGACUCACAAUAAAAAUGAAAUAGAUGGGGAGGAACGGGAGGAUAUUGAUCAAUUGGUGGGUAAAGAGGGUCAUAUUUAGAUCUUAACUCAAAAUCUCCAUGAGCAAAGGAACAGCUUAUUCCAAAAGGACAAUAUCCAUCUAUAAAAGGAAUUAUUUAAGUUAAAUACUUGCCUCGGUAGAAAUAGCAGCACUUUAUGGUCUUGUAAUUUGAGUAGGGCACUCUAUCUGUUUUCUCAGUUAUUGCUUCUUUUGGUAAAGGAUCAUCAAUUUUCCUUAAUUCAUGAGAGCCGUGAGCGAAAGAACAUUUGUUGCCAAAAUUGCAAGAUCCUGUAGCCUCGUAAAGCUUGCAAAGAGAUAUCUUGA